AUGAGUACGAAAGAUCCUAUUCAUGCUCGGAUCUGUUUUUUGAUGGAAAAUCUAGUUUUUGUUUGUAUAAAUUGUGGAGAGCUUUCAAAUACUUUAUUCCAGAAAUUUAGUGACAGUGGUAUUCGGCUGACGCGAUGUGAAAAUUGCGGCAAACUGGUGGACAAGUAUGUUGAAUAUGAUACUGUUUUAAUAAUUAUUGAUCUUGUUCUUCAGUAUAUUGGUGCUUAUAGGCAUCUUCUGAUCAAUACGAAAUAUGAAUUUUAUCACAAAUUGGCGAUUAUUUUUAUACUUUGCGAUGCUUACAAUAAAUGGGUUCAGCGUCGUGCUAUUCUCGGUCGUCAAAAUAUUUACGAUCUGGAAUGGAGUUUUUAUGAGUGUGCGCUUGGAUGCGCUCUUGAAAUGACUGUUUAUGUUCUUUGUAUUUUUAUUUUUUCACCGAAGAAUUACGAGAAGCGAACUUUGAGAAGAGUUAUUGAAUCCGCAUAUGCAAGCUUUUAUGGUAAUGUUUUUGUUGUUAUUUCUAUUAUUUGGCGUCUUCACAUGGAAUGGAGCUAUCGCAUAUUAAUCGAAUUUUUUAUUUUUAUUUCGCAUAUACAAGUUCAGAGAACAGUUUUUCAUGAAUGCUCGACUUUUCGAAAUAUUUCGAUCGUCGCGAUAUCAGUUUUAUUUCUAAAAUCCAAUAAACAUUGCACAGAUAUAUUUGGUAAUUUUCCACCCCAUGCAGUUCUGUUAUUUUAUCACGUCGCAUCUCUAGCAAAACUCGGAUGUGCGUGA